UACGUCGACGUUUAAGUCUCGGCGUCUUUGCUUUCUUCGAGAAGUGUAGAGAGAUAAGGCGCUCACUCUCCGUCUAGCCGUGGAAUUUUCAGGCUGCAGCAUUAGCAAUCGUCAAUGGGGUCUUUAGGAUUAGCGAUUUCAGUGAUAGCUUGUACAAGUCCAACUUUGACGGAUACGAGGCGCAUAUCUUUGAUGGGUUGUGUCUCGACGAUUAUUGCUCCGAGUUUGUCUUCAGUCUCUAUGGUUUCUUCCUCACCAGGGGUUAAAAGGAGCGCCAGAAGUUUUAAGUUCAGAGCUUCGAUGUCACCAAGUAUUGAAACAAGGCCAGAUUCUGAUGUUGGCGUCGUGUCUUAUGCAACUACUAAAAAGGUGCUUAUUCCAAUUGGAUACGGUACGGAGGAAAUAGAAGCUGUUGUGUUAGUUGAUGUUCUACGGCGAGCUGGUGCUGAGGUCACUGUUGCUUCUGUGGAACAGAAGCUAGACGUUGAAGCAUCCUCUGGGACCAAAUUGCUUGCAGAUGUCUUAAUCUCUAAAUGUGCUGAUCAAGUUUAUGAUCUUGUGGCUUUACCAGGAGGCAUGCCUGGUGCUGUUAGGUUAAGAGACUGUGAAAUUCUUGAGAAGAUCAUGAAGAGACAAGCUGAAGAUAAGCGGUUAUAUGGGGCUAUAUCCAUGGCUCCAGCUAUUACUCUUCUCCCAUGGGGUCUUUUGACAAGAAAGAGGACAACGGGACAUCCUGCUUUUUUCGGGAAGCUUCCUACAUUCUGGGCUGUUAAGACAAACAUUCAGAUUUCUGGGGAGCUUACAACUAGCCGUGGACCUGGUACUUCUUUUCAGUUUGCUCUGUCCUUGGUGGAGCAGCUCUUUGGAGAAUCCACAGCCAAGUCGGUUGAAGAGUCUCUGCUUCUGCGCGAUGGUUACCAAAAUCCUAAGAAUGAAGAGUUCAAUAGCAUUGACUGGUCUAUAGACCACAUACCUCGAGUUCUUAUCCCGGUAGCCAACGGGUCUGAAGAGGUUGAAGUAGUCACAAUUUCAGAUGUUCUUAGAAGAGCCAAAGUAGAUGUCAUGGUUGCAUCAGUGGAAAGAUCUUUACGGAUUACGGCAUCUCAAGGCACCAAAAUUAUCACCGACAAAUUGAUUGGUGAAGCUGCUGAAUCAUCAUAUGAUCUAAUCAUUCUUCCGGGAGGCCAUGCAGGCUCAGAACGUCUGCAGAAGUCCAAAAUUCUCAAGAAACUUCUCAGGGAACAACAUCAAUCUGGGCAGAUAUUUGGUGCUACUAACACAUCAUCUGCCAUCCUGCAUAAACAUGGUUUACUCAAGGAAAAGAGAACGACUGUGUACCCUUCAGAAACAGACGGGCCUACGAAUCAUCUAAUAAUUGAAGGAGCAGAAGUUGUUAUAGAUGGAAAUGUGAUUACAAGUUUGGGGCUCGCAACUGUUACCAAAUUUUCCCUGGCUAUUGUUAGCAAGCUGUUUGGACAUGCUAGAGCAAGGAGCGUUUCAGAAGGGCUUGUGCAUGAGUAUCCAAGGCAUUUAACACCAUCUUGAAGGCAUCUUGUUCAAGAAACACAGUUAGAAGAUGUCUCGGAUCUUAAACCGAAGUUGUGGGUUUCGAUGGUUUCAAACACUCCAGAGACUUUGCACCAGUAUAUCUGUUUAACUUCUAGGCCAUCUUACUCUGGAACUGAUGAUAUCUAUAAGAAUUUUGCCACUUAGGUUUAGUCUAUUUGCAUCUUAUUUUGUAUACCCAGUUGGAUAUUCUGGAUCAGUUGGAUAUUCUAGAUGAUGCUAAAGUUGAAGUUUCAAUCAAUCUA